AUGUCCUGCCCACGCCUCCUCCCAUUGCGAUCCUGUCGCAAUCCUAUCCUCACUUCCUGCGCCCAGAGAUCCCUCCGCGUCUCCAUCCCCCACCAACCACCGACCAAUCCACUCCUCCGCCGCUCACACCACCAACCACCCUCGAACUCUCGUCGUCGUUUCUACCACUCCCAGCAUCACCCUGACCUCCCCGUGCACGAGUACACCAACUCCCAAACGACAAUCCUCACCGCUGCCCUGAAGCAUGUCCCCCAUCAUGGCUUCACCCGCGACGCACUCACCCUAGGAGCCCGCGACACAGGAUUCCUCGACGUCUCCGUGCAACUUCUGCCCCGGGGUGAAUUCGACCUCGUUCUCUUCUGGCUUGCGAGUCGGAGGGGUCUCUUGCGGGCCGCUGUUGAGAAUGGUCUGUUCACGACUAAGACUGUAGAGUCGGCUUCGGUGGAGGAGAAAACGAAGACCUUGAUUAUGGAGCGGUUGGAGAUGAAUGCAGAUAUUAAGCACCAGUGGCAGGAUGCCCUCGCACUCAUGUCCCUCCCCUCAAACAUCCCCUUGUCCCUCUCAGAACUCCACGCGCUUGCCUCGGACAUCCUCAGUCUCGCCGGGGACACCUCCGUCGAUGCGUCUUGGUAUACCAAGCGCCUUUCUGUCUCCGCAAUCUACGCCUCCGCGGAGGUGGUCAUGACCCGUGAUUCCAGUCCGGAUCUCUCUGCCACCCAGGGGUUCGUGGAUCGUCGUGUCGAUGAUAGUAAAGCGAUCGGGGAUAAGUUGAGCGGUGCGAAGCAGUGUCUUGGGUUCAUGGGGUCGACCGCUGUGGGGUUGGGUAGGAGUUGGGGGUUGAAGAUUUAA